AGUCCGCAUGCCUCUAAUAACAUGGCGCUCGUUUGCAGGUUGCAGAUGGAUGGUGCGUCCUUAGACGUACAAUAAAUAAAUACUGUAUAUUGAGAGCGCUAAAGCCUGACUAGUUUUGCUCAGCGCCUUGACACCUCUGCAGUACAAAGGUUUUUGCAGCUUGGAAAGCCGGAGUGGAGAGAAACAAGGCGAGUUUAUAUCAGAAAUAUCGGGAAAACUCGACGGGGGCGCUGCGUCUCCUUAUCUGGCUCGCAGAAUGGUGGAAAAGAAAAUUUCAGCAAGGUCCCAGGACCCCAGCCAGAGGCGUAUUUUAGACCGGGCCACCCGCCAACGCCGUCUCAACCGCCAAUUAGAGGCCCUGGAGAAUGACAAUUUCCAGGAUGACCCCCAUGCCAACAUGCCACAGCUGGUGAAGCGCUUGCCUCAGUUUGAUGAUGAUGCUGAAACAGGUAAAAAGAAGAAAAAAACCCGCGGAGAUCAUUUCAAGCUGCGUUUCCGUAAAAAUUUCCAGGCAUUGUUAGAAGAACAGCAGAACCUCAACACAAGUGAAGGGCCCAAUUACCUGACAGCGUGUGCGCCCCCUUCCAAUUUGCCGCAACGUCAUUUCUGCACAGUUUGUGGCUUCCCGUCAAAUUACACAUGUGUUUCUUGCGGCGCCCGCUACUGCUGUGUCAAAUGUUUGGGAACACAUCACGAAACACGGUAAGCCUUCUCUAGUCACGUGGGAUGAUUAUGCAUUGUUUCUAGGCAAAUAAUCAAGGUCUG